GAUUGAGAACGAGAAUGAAGUGAGACAGAGAAGCACGAUGGAUGAAUUCAGAUGGAUUCAAAUGUUUUUAUGUCUGAUGAUUCAGAUUGCAGUAUCUGUAAAUGAAUCAUCCAUGUUUAUGAAAGUUGGAGGUGACGUCACUCUGCCUUGUCUAAAUGUGAUAGAUGAGCAGAAUAACUGUGAUGGUACUACGUGGGUCUUUACUUCAAGAAACAGAGAAACAGUAGAGCUGAUCAAACUUGGACAGAUUGGUGAAGAAGCUAAAACUAAAUCAGACAGACUGAGUGUUACAGCGAACUGUUCUCUGCUUAUAAAGAAGCUCACAGUUGAGGAUGUUGGUCUUUAUUCCUGUCAACAAUAUAGAUUAGGAAGAACACGAGCUGAGGACACUCUGGUUCAUCAGUCUUUCAUUGAUCUCUCUGUUAUUACCUUGACUGAACAUGAGGACACUGAUACGGUGAUGUUAAGCUGCUCUGUGGUGACAUAUGAACAGUGUCAUCACACAGUGAAGUGGCUGAUUGAAAGUCGAGAUGUGGACAAAGAGAACAGAGAAAUAGUGACCUCACAGACUGACUGCGCUGCCACUGUGUCUUUUCUUGAGUCUCACUCUAUUUAUCCAUCAAGGUAUAAUAUAAUGAAAUGUGAAGUGACUGACACUAACACAAGAAGAGUGCAGCUGUUUACAUUCAGCCUUCAGCCCUCAGGUGAGGAAACAGGUGACACAAAAACAACAACGAAUCCAGCCAGAAAAACUGAAAUAAGCACAAAAUCAGAAACAAACCCAACAAUCAAGAGUCCUUCAAAACCAGCUAUCCAGUGGUUCAUCAUUCCAGCUGUGGGUUUGGUCUCACUCUUGGUAAUUGUUGUGGUUUUCAUCAGAUGGAAGAGAACUAGAGGAAAUAAAACACAGAUGGAUGAAGAUGCUGGACUUAGUUUAAACCCUGCAGAGACUCGGUCUGCUCCUCAAACCAGUCAGCUCUCGGCGGAUCCUGAACCUUCAUAUGCCACCGUCAGCUACACCAAGAACACCAACGGUAACACCAGGAUUUGGGGUGAUGAUGACAAUGAUGCGACCUACUGCACUGCUCCUUUCGCUUCUACUGCAGCCACUGCUGAUCCCGACAACCUCUACUCUACUGUCAACUUUCCAAUCACAUAGCACAAGCAGCUCACAAAAGGACUUGUAUAUAAUGGAAAAUCCUUUUUUUCAAUUUCAAAUGGACCAUGAUGGUAGCAACAUGCUAAUUAGGCAUAAAUUAUUUUUUUAAACCCAUAAAUAGAUAUAUAUCUACUUUUUUAUUGAAAAUAUAAUUGGUGCCUGGACUACUUUACCAGAGUUAUGAGCUGUAGCAGAUGCUCCAAAGAAGGCUGGCUAGACAGAAAAUAUACCACCAUUACAUCAAACACUGGCAUUCCUGGCAGCUGGACUGCAACAUGACCCACAGCGUUCAAAGUCAUUUAGUGUUGGUGCCUUUUUUGAGAAUUUCUUCUUGUGUUUCUCGUUCCCUCGUGUUCCCUCUGUCUCAUCUAUGUGCUUGUAUCCUCUGUAAUCAUGUUUAGGGUCAGCCAUGUCUUUUCUUUAUUUCCUGUUUUAGUGUUUUUUUUAUGCUUUGCAUUAGUUUUACUUCCUUCUUUGGGAUUUCCUGCGCUUACUGUCUUCAUCUGUGUAUAGUUACAUACAGUUGUAUCUCAUUGAUUUCCUGUUUCGCUUUACCCACUUAGCAGUGUCUUAUCUGCCUUUUGGCUUUGUUUUAGUCACAUUAUCUGUUGUGCUUCAUUGGUUAAGUUUUACAGUGUUUUGCUUAUUUUUGACACUUAGAUUUUGCUGUUGUUUGAUUGUUUGUUUGUUUGUUUGUUUGUUUGUUUGUUCGUCCUUUAGUCCUCCAAUUUAGCCAGUUAAAUAACUCUCUCUUUGCUCUGUUCUUCCUGCAUUUGUGUCCUGUUCACAUCUACUCUAUUUACUUGUCAGUCUUCUUGUCAUUAAAUUUAAAAUGUAAUAUAAGUGUAUAUAAGUGUAAUGUCUUGUAACCCAUUUGUUUAACAUCUUUCUUUAUUGAAGAGAGAUGUUUUGUAUUGCAUGAAGUCACAAAACUGAUCAACCAAAACAAUAAAAGCACCUGUGUAUUUUAUUAUUAUUCCAUUUAGGUCUC